CUAACACAAUUUUGGAACAACUCCCAUCUGAUUACGUCAGCAAGUCUGGGGCGAGAACAAGGCUGCGAUGGGCAGUGAGCAGAGGAUCCCGGGAGUCGUCCUCUUCUGCCACACCACAUCGCCACUGGCCGAUCACCAUCGCCGGCUACCUCCGAACGGGAAUGAUGCUUCUAUUAUAACCAAUUCAUGUUCUUCUAACUAAUCAUUUUGAAAUCGGCCAAAACAGGAUGGAUCCUAUGUCUCCAGAAGCACAUGGAUGGUCUAUUCUCCAGAAAUUAAAUGAACAGAAAUCAAUGGGCCUUUUUUGUGAUGUUUCCUUGAUGGUUGAGGGUAAAAUAUUUCUUGCCCAUAAAAAUGUUCUUUCUGCUUGUAGCGAGUAUUUCUAUGCAGCACUGAGCAGAAAUGAGCAGCAGCAGUUCUUAGUUCUUGACAAUGUUAGCUUGGAGGGUUUUAGUCAUCUUCUAGAUUUUAUAUACACAUAUAAAAUUCCUACCUGUCAUGUGCAAGACUUUAUGCAGGCUGCUCGGCUGUUGCAAGUUAGUCUCCCACUCACAGUUCAAGUGAUCAACGUAUCCAACAGUCCACAUAACAAUAGUCCUAAGGAAGAAAUCUUCAUCGAAGAUGUUGACGAUUAUGAUGUGUCCAAUCAGAAUCAGGAGUUGAGAGAACUUGAGAGUCAACAAAGACUUGAAAGAAGCCGACAGGAUAACCUUCAGAAUAUCAACAACAGUCUGUAUAAGGGGGAUAUAAGACUGAUUGACACCAUGACUCAGAUAAAAGACCAAGCAAAGAUACAGAAAAGGCCGACUUUUUAUAAAGAAACUUAUGUUGUUCGAAAACCUGGAUACUUUAUGAGGAAGCAACUUUCAAAUAGUGGAAGGUUGGGAAGAGAAAGUUCCGUGGAUGACUGCACAGAUAACUCCUUUAUAACCACUGGUUAUUCCAGACAGGUGCCUAUAACAAUUCACAAUGAUGACUCCUCAGAAGAAGCAGAUGAUGAAGCCGCAGCAACAGAUAUUUGCAUCAAUUUAUGUGAUGAGCCUGACACACCUGAUAAUUUAGAACCCAUGAUUGACUUGAGAUUACAUGAAGAGUCACUCAAACCUAAGAUCUAUUCUACUUUAGUUGGGUUGGAGAAUGCUAAUGUAAUAGAAAGAGUAGGGGAGAGCGAAAACCUUGCUGAAGUAGUACACAAAUGUGACAGAUGUGAAUUACUAUUAACAUAUCCAGAGUUCCUAAAUCACCAGGAUGAUCCAGGAGUAAAUGUUCUCCAGUGCAGCUUUUGUGAUAAACAGUUCAACUACAGUUGCCAGCUAUCUUUGCACCAGUCAAGCCACCAUGACAAGAAAUGUUACCAAUGUGACCAAUGUGGAAAGGAGCUGUCCACUCUAAAGAAGUUACAUGACCACAUUGCUUACCACUCUGAUGCCAGGCCUCACAAAUGCCAUCUCUGUGACAAGGCGUAUAAAGUAAAAAAUGAUCUCACUCAGCAUGUUCGAUCAAAGCACAUAGAGGCCUCAACAGGAAAACCUCCACUUCUCCAACUUUGUGAAUUUUGUGGCCAAGCUGUGAAGCAUUACAAAAGCCACAAAAUCUUUUGCAGUGGUGUGAAGAAAUUUAAAUGUGACUUUUGUGUACAGUCAUUCCAUCGGAUCUCUGAAUUAAAGCGUCACACUUGGACACAUACUGGAGAACUUCCAUAUCGAUGUAAAAUCUGUGGGAAGGGAUGCAGGCAUCCAAGUAACAUGAAGAAGCACAUUCGUACAGUGCACAAAGCAGAUAUGCGGGUGCAAAUUAACAGAGAGCAUGCAUCUCCGCGAUUCUUCAAGAAUAGAAGGCCAGCGGCAAAAUUUUCAGGGCAUGUGUUACCACAGGGUCUACCCUCUAACCACUCCUUGCCAGAUCCUGCAUCCACUGGGGAUCACAGCAUCCAGACAGACUCCUCAGUAUCCCCUUUAUCACUUUCUUACAUCUCUAUCUUUACAGGUGAUGAACAAGCAACCAAUGAUUUUACUGUACGCGAUUCACAGAACACAUCCCUUCAGACUGCAAGGUCUCAGUAACAGCGACCUCAUUACUGUUUGUUUUCGGUCUACAAAAAUAUUUAUUUGGAGGACAUUUUAUUACAUUGUUUGUUACAGGACAUUACCCUGAUGUUUGCUUUUGGAGUAGUUGUGUGUGUUUUUAUUAUGGUUAAAAGGAAAAGAUAUUGUCAAAUAAUAUGUUUACCUUCGAACAACAUUUUACAGUUUCAGUAUAUUGAUGGGAUCUACAUAAAACGUUAAGUAGCUGUGUUAAUAUAGUCUAUUACUUAUCAAUGAUUGUAAAGAGCUGUAUUCACAACUCUGCUAAUUGCACAUAGUAAACACAUACUUGAUCUCAACCAAAUUGUUAUAAUGCAGGCUGUAUAUGUUAGAAUACACAGGACUUUUCCUACAUUGUAAAUCUCCAUAACAAGCUAUGUGCAGACAUGGAAUGAAGAUUUCAGGUGAUGGCAGAAUUACAGGAAUGUAUGUAGUGAACCUUUUUAUUCAGGUAAAAUGUAUAUGUAAACUUAAAACUAGUUUGCAAAGGUGAACAUAAUUGUCUAAAAUUAUACAUGCCUGUAAAAUUAUACAUGUUUUAUAGGAGAGAUUUAGCAAAACCUGUGCAGAGAAAAAAUUGACCAGUUGCCCAACGCAACCAAUCAGAUUGCUUCUUUCAUUUUUGAAAAGGCCCCUGAAAAAUUUAUGACACAAUCUGAUUGGUUAUUUUGGGCAACUUCAGCACUUUUCCUCUGCACAGGUUUUGAUAAAUCUUCCCCAUAAUCGCCUUUUUUACACUAAUCAUAGAAAUGGACACAUUAGUUGUUUUUGCACACUCUGUAAAGUAUAUCUACCUUAACAGAAAAAAUCUUAGCAGAAGUUGCCUCUUUUGGCUUUAUUUGAAAGAGACUAACACAGUUUAUAUUCUAAAAUGCAAAUCUGGCGCAUCUGUACCUUUCCUUAAGAAAUACAGGAGCCAAAGGGACAUAGAAGUGGACGGAGUGCACUAUCUACUUCUAGCUGUUGAUGAGGGCCAUCAAUAUUUACUCAAACUGGAAGUACACUUUAUGGACCUGUGGCCACAACCACCCCCCACCCCAACCCAAAAUUGAGAUGUUUACUUACAUUAAAUAGUUUAGGGUGCCCCAAUAAAACACCUUUUUAGAGUUUCUUUAUAUGUCUUUCUGUUCUCAAGAUAUGAGGGUUUAUAUUUUGACAAUUCAGGGAAACAGAUGGGCGUGAACUUAUUUAAUAAUUGGAGUGAACAUCAGUUGAUUGGUGGGAUUAUGCAGUUUACAGUCAAAGGGGUGUGUGUUGUACAUUGAAGGCCAUGUAUACCUAAUACACACCCCCUGACUGUAUAAUCCUGUUCAUCACCUGAUAUUUACUCACAUUAUUAAAAUUAAGUUCACGACCGUCUGACCGAUUCCAUGAAGUACUGGACGAACUAUAAAUCCAUAUCUUAGGAACGGAAGGACGUGUCAAUCAACUGUAAAAAGGUGUGUGAUCAGGACACCCUAAUCCAUGUAAUGAUAAUGCCAUCUCAUUUAAUGGGGGUUGCCACAGGUUCUCUUUGAAGAGUCACUGACAUUUGUAAAAACUUUUGACACAUCGUUCAGACAUCCAACAAAAAAAAAGGAAACUGACAGCAUCAGCAAAAAUAGUGAAUGAGUUGGAUUUAAUGGCAGUGUUUUGCCAUGCCCUUGACAGGGUUAUAACUCAUGAUUUCAAAGUUUUUAUAAAAGACAAUGAUGCUUUAAGUAUGUAGUAAAAAAGCUUUGGCAGUAUUGCUGGUUUUAGGUGAGGUGGGUCUGUAUCAGCUGUGCACAAAAGGAUAAAUAAAUAUUCCCUCUUGUUCUUUGGAUUGGGGUCUUUAUUUAGCCAAUCCAGGCAGUGGUUUUUUUUUGUGCCAUUUUAAUGUAGUUUUUCCAUUAUGUUUGGAGAUUUACUUUCUAAUAGAAAUCAAAGUCACAGAACUUAUGAAUUGAAGAGGUGUGAAUAGUGUUUGGUUUUACAGUACCUAAGUGCCCAUUCCCACCCUGCAAGCAGGGCUGGUUUACAGGGUCUCCAUCCUUAAAGGGGUGCUUUGGGGAAGUUAAGAAAAAUAAAAAUGCCCCAAAGCCACCACAAUACCUGUUAUGUGUCCCCUGUAGUUAUCUAUGUGAUUUUGCCAGCUCCUGUGACCCCUGUUGUCUCCCAUUCUUUUUCCUUGCUUGCAAUCCAGACUACAACUCCCAGCAGUCAGAGUGUAAUGGCUGCCAGCCAAUUGCUCUUAUGUGUGUGCAUGCUGUAUUGUUGUCAGUAGCACACAUUGUCUUUUCUUUCAAACUAUCCUUUCCCCCCAGUAAUAAAUCAUGCUAUGCUCUGAAUGGCAGCAAUCAGUGAUUAGUUCUACAGCAGGCAAAGAGCAGCGUUAUGUGCUGAGAAGACUUCUCUGCCGGCAAGGAGGGGGAGGUGUGGCUGUGAUGCCAGAGCCCUAGACCAGACACAGAUCACGUGGUGUUUGUCUUUCAGGAGGUCUCAGUGAGGGGUUUGCACAGAGAAAAGCAGGAUCAGAUUAUGAUGUCUUUCUCUCACUCCCUGCAUGUAAGUGACAGCUGAAAGAGAAAAACUGCUCUGUAUAGCUAAUGAAUGAUAUUUAGGCAAAUAAAUAGGGUGGUGAGAGGGAAAGGAUGGGCUAUGAGUUUAGUUCCCUUGAGUACCCCUUUAAAGUUUUACGGUCAUCAAAAACAAUUUAUGAAUUGUCACUCAAACAUGUCACAAAUUAAGGACUGCACUGGCUCUCACUCCAGAGACCCACUGAGAUCAUGAGUUAUUAGCCAGGGAAACACUCGGCAUUGUGCUGCCUUGCCAGCUGAAAGAUCUAUCCAUUUCUCUGUAUAGAAGUCUAUGGGGAAGAUUUAUCAAAACCUGUACAAAGGAAGAGUUGCCCAGUUGCCCAUAGCAACCAAUCAGAUUGCUUCUUUCAUUUUACAGAGGCCUUGUUAAAAAUGAAAGAAGCGAGCUGAUUGGUUGCUAUGGGCAACUGGGCAAUUUUUCCUCCGGACAUGUUUUGAUAAGUAUCCCCAUAUGGACAGAUCUCUCGGUUGGUCAGGGAGAACAAUGUCACCCAGCUAAUAACACACAAUCGCAACAGAUCUCAGACGUGAGACCCUGUGCGAUUAACAACUUUUGAUGAUCGUCAUGUCAGAAGUUGUUUUUAAUGACAGUAAUGCUUUAAGCCUCAUUAGUCAAACAGGGUAGGUAGAUGCAAGUGGGCCAUGGGGUGAAGUUUAAUACGAAUUGAGCUGGGCUUGCCUGGACUCUCUUCUUGCUGGGGAAUGCCCCCUAAGCACUUAAAGGGGUACUCCGGUGGUUAAUUUUUUUGACUAUAUGGCAUCUUCUUUGUAAGUUUAGUUUUUUUUGCAAUAUACAUGUGUUAUAUGUUUUGGCAGCAUGUGUGCGUUUUUCUUACCUGUUUGUUGGGCAGGAAGUUCUGUAGUUCAGAGGGUUUUCUUUUACUGUUGUCCACAGUUCUGAGUCUGUUGUGGACAAGAUGUCGCAGCUUUUUAUUAUUUUUUCUCUGUCUGCAAGAGAAAAAUAAGCCACGCCCCCUCAUCUCAUCCAGCUGAGUACACAGCUCCUCACCUCCCCUCCCCCCUGCUCUGUAUUCUAAGGACGCAGGUCUGCACAGGAGAAGGACCUCACAGAGAAGAUAAGUGUUAUCUGAAGGGGAGGAUGAGAAGGUGCAUGGGCUGGGGAUGUAUGUACUGCAGGGGAAUAAAUCUCAUACUGAGAAUGAUCUCUACAUGUGAAGGGGGAGGGGGAGGACUCCUGAAUGACACAUGCUGGGAGUUGUAGUCCCUUUUGUGUGUGUAUGCUAGUGUUUACAAACCAGUGUGCUUCCAGCUGUUGCAAAACUACAACUCCCAGCAUGUCCUGACAGACUUUGGGCAUGCUGGGGGUUGUAGAUUUGCAACAGCUGGAGGCACACUGGUUGGGAAACACUGUUCUAGCCUAUUCAGCAUACACAUCAUGUUACACCAGUGUUUCCCAACCAGUGUGCCUCCAGCUGUUGCAAAACUACAACUCCUAGCAUACCCAAAGGCUGUCAGGGCAUGCUGGGAGUUGUAGUUUUGCAACACCUGGAGGCACCCUGGUUUGGAAACACUAGUGUAUGCCCUCCAGAGGUGUGGUGAACUACAACCCCUAGGAGACUACAGAGGCAGCAUGCUGGUGUUAUACCACAGACUGAAGACUCCUGAAUGACACAUGCUGGGAGUUGUAGUCCCUUUUGUGUGUGUAUGACAGUGUAUCCCAACAAAGGCUGAUUAUAUUAGUGUGCUGUGUAUAAGGGGGCUGACCCGGGAAAAUAGCAGGAUGAGUAAAGGGCGGAACAAAAAAAAAAAAAGGAGCCACCCCAAAUCAGCAAGGCAUGUGUCAUGCUGGGAUUUGUAGUUUUCAGCACAGCAAGAAACAGGAAAUAGAAGCAAAGAUAGGAAAACAAAGUGGGGGAUAAAAAGACAACAAAGAACGGAAAUAGAGUCGCCUAAACAACAAGAAUAGAACUGAAACAAAGCAAAUAGUAAGUCAAAAACGGAAAAACACGUUGACCACCGGAGUACCCCUUUAAGCCUCAUUUGACUAUUAACAAAAAAGGCUUAUAUUCCAGCAAUGGAGAGGACUAUUGAAAUAAAAAAAAAGUAUGCCCAAAAUCUUAAUGAGAAACCCUAUCUAGUCAUAGGCUUAUUUACACCAUUGUUUUUCUGCUAAAAGGCCUAUAUUGAAUGGCAUGUAUUGCCUAGAUUUGUCUAAACUAAACAUGUUCUUUUUACAUAUUUUUUUUUUUUAAUAUUUGGACAUUAUUAUGGGGGAUCCCAUCUUGCCUGUUUUUAAUUGCAUUUAGUACCCAUGGACACAGGUAAAAAUGGACAGGAUCUGUCCCAUUUAGAUGAAUUGGAGAUGUUACUGUGCAUCUUACUGGUGUCACCUUUAACUGUACUAUUUGUGCUGAGAAGAAGGGUAUUACUGGGAAAUGAUCUGUACAGAACAGGAAGUCUAAGCUUAGUUUUAGGCCUAGUGGUCAGAAUGGAUACUGCAAGAUUUCGGGAUUAUUAUAAAAUAUAGAUCGUAAAAUGGAAAAUUAGAAAAAACAUCAACAAACAUUCUUAAAUUAGUUUAACAUAAAAGCUCAACAAUCACAUAAAUCUUUUUUGGUCAUCAUAGAAUCAGGAAGAAUAUGAUUUCAACUUUUUUGUAUUUUGCUAUUAUUUUAUAGAUACCGUAUUUGUUUUUGUUUGUCAGUGUCAAUAAGCCAUUGUGAAAAGUUUUAUUUUUUAUUGGCAUGUACAACUACUUUAAGGCAAUGUACCGGUUUUAGCAAGUCUCAAUACACUGUGUGCGCAUAGAAUUAGGCCUAAAAGGAUCUACCAAAGAUUAAAGAUUUCUAUACUAAAAAACAAGGUGUGAUAUAUAUAUAUAUACAAUAUAUAAUAGUUUCCCCCCUAAAAGUGGUCCAGCUGGGUUGAAAAAAAAAUUAAGUAUUACUUACCUGUCCCCUUUUUGUCUUUUGACACUCACUAGGUCCCGUUAAUCACCACUCCUGCUCCCUUCUCAGUAAGGAACUGCUGCUCAGCCAGUCACUGGCCGAGGAGGAGGGGCUCACUGCUGCAGCUGCCGAUUAGCUGCAUGGACAUUUUAAUUUCUGGAGUUUUGUGGCCAAUUUUUUUUAAUCCAGCAAAAAACAACAAACACAUACUAGGGAACCAAUUUAAAUUAGACCCAACAUUUACUUUUUUAAAGUUUAUUUUUUCUGUAAAAGUAUGUACUAAUGUAUUGUAUGGGAUGUUAACUGCAUAAAGUAUACUUUUUCUUUUUUAUACCAUAUACAUUCAUGCAAUCGAUUUUGAGUAGGUUACAGGGUUAUAGUGCGGGUGAAUCGGAUUACAACGAGGUAUCAUCUACCUGGAGAGGCCGCACAAAGGUGGCUAUUAGCAAUGGAAACUGAUACAACAAGUAUCUCCGGAAUCAGAUCUGGAUCCAGGAAAGUGAUACCUCAUUGUAAUCCAAUUCACUUACACUAUAACCCUGUGUAUUGGUUUUAUUGCAGGUGAACAGUCAGUGCCUGUUUCCCUUUUGCGUCUCUUUACACGUACAGUACCCUGGGAAGAUUUGAUGUGCAGGAUUUGAAACUGCAGAUUUGAAGCUGUGUUCAGUCAUUUAGUUUACAUUGAAUUCUGCAGCAUAAAAUCUGCAGCUUCAAAUCCUGGCGUAUAAAAUACUGUAUGUGUGAAUACACCCUUAGGGUAGGGUCAAACGUGCCAUAUUUUGCUGCUGCAUUUUCUUCUACUGACUUCAAUGGGUAGGAAGAUACGCAGCAGCACGUGUGACCCUACCCUUAAGGCUUGUUCACACGAGUGGAUUUACUUUCAAACUUUCAGCAUAUAUUUCUCGAUACGAGUUUGAAAGCGGCGGGCUGUCCGUGGCAAUUUUUGGCAGCAGAAUCUCUGUUGUGGAAAAUCCACCUGAGAACCCAUUGAUAGGGUCUGCAGCAGGUUUUAAACAGCAGAAAUCCACUACCAAACAUCUGUUGUGGAAUAGCCCGUUAAAAUCCCUCCCCCUUUCAGACUCGCAGCGGAAAACAAGCUGCCAGUUUGAAAGUACAUCCGCUCGUGUGAACAACCCCUUAAAGUGUUUUAUUGGUGACUACAUGUGAGCAGAAUUAUAUAGAUAGAAAAAUAUAUUAAGAAUAAGCCAAGAAUUAUAUUAAACCGGUAUUCAACAGUGAAUGUUUAUUUUAGGUUUUGUUGCAUUAAAUGUGGCAAUAAUUGUGUUGUCAAGAGGGGAACCAAAGAGUUGAUGUUAUUGUAUUUCAUUGUUCCUUUACAUUUGGCUCACAGAGCUUGGACAACAAUUGUGUAAGGUAACUACUGGCUGCUGGUAUUUGAGGUUGAUGCUAUCUUUUCCUUACAACACAGACUACUAAGUUUUAUAUUUUUACAGGUACAGCUGAUUUAUUCACACAAAAGUCAUAACAGGUAUGCUUUAACAUAAUUAGGUUCUUUUAACACUGCUAUCUUUGUUUCCAUUAUAAUGCAAACCAUGUCAGUAGUGUUGGAUUAUCACAUGUGACAGACCCUAUCGACCUAUAAUGGGAUCCAUUGGAGUUCCCUUGCCCCUUGUUCUUUGGAGGAUAGUGCUGUAUGCUAUGAUAUUUCGGAGAACAAUAGCACAGCAUACAGCCCUGACAGUAGAGUAAACAGAGCUUAAAGGAGUAUUCCAGUCUUAAAAAACUUAUCCCCUAUCCUAAAGAUAAGGAAUAAGUUUCAGAUCACGCGGGGGGUGGAUCGCGACCACUUGGACCCCACCAAUCUCCCAUUCAGUGGGAAGAGCGAAGCGGCGCCCCCUCAGUACAGCUCUAUGGCAGAGCCAGAGCGCUGCCUUCAGCAAUCUCCGGCUCUGCCAUAGUGCUGUAUUAAGGGGGCGUAUCAUCCACCACUUUGUGCAGUGGUCGGCACACGCUAUCUAGCCGGAGAGCCAGGGCCCCGUACGGGAGUUCGCGGGGUCCGACCGCUGGGGUGUGAAACUUAUCCUUAGGAUAGGGGAUACGUUUUUCAGAACUGGACUACUCCUUUAAGAUGUUUGUACAGGGUGGGCCAUUUAUAUGGAUACACCUUAAUAAAAUGGGAAUGGUUGGUGAUAUUAACUUCCUGUUUGUGGCACAUUAGUAUAUGUGAGGGGGGAAACUUUUCAAGAUGGGUGUUUACCAUGGUGGCCAUUUUGAAGUCGGCCAUUUUGAAUCCAAAUUUUGUUUUUUCAAUAGGAAGAGGGUCAUGUGACACAUCAAACUUA